AUGCCCUUCCAGGCCUUCACCUCCACGGCCUCGUCAGAGACACUUUCGGUCGAUGUUUCGACCUCUGCGAUUAUCCGUCGUCAUCUCAUCCAAGGACGGCUUGCCUGCGCUCAAGGUCUUGGGCGUCUCGUAGCAGCCAUGGACCAGGGUGAGGCGCAAACUACUCCUCUCGUGCAGCAAGAUGAAGGCCACAUGGGGUGGAAGCAAGCCGGCAUCACAGUGUUUACGUUCGCAGCACCGUCUGCUGUGAUGGCCGUGCCGUUCGCCAUUUCAAGCGCCGGCUACGCCGGUGGCAUGCUUCUAUGCAUAAUCCUUACGUCGGCUUCGGUCGCUGCAGCCAACAUGCUCCUGGAGAUGAAGCUGCUGUACCCGCAUUGCAAGACGUUUGGAGAUCUUGGUUUGGAAGUGAUUGGGAGGCCCGCACAAGUGUGGGGCAACCUGAUCCAGCUCGGGAACUUCUGUCUUUUCAUGCCGUGUGCUCUUCGAUUCUGCGGCUUGUCCUUGUAUUCCAUCGGCACUCUGGGUCCGCUGGGCAGCUGCAUCGAUUACUACGUCUGGAUAAUCGCAGGAAUCUGCUUGCUGACUACACAAGUCAGGAGCUUUGACAACGUCCAGUACUUCACCGUGAUCUCUUUCAUGUGCGUCGUCGGCAUGGUCAUCACAAUGGUGAUCGGCGCCUUCCAGUAUGAGCACACUCCCAGAAUCCCCGCACAGUGGUUCGGUAACCCAGAGCCUAGCCCGGGCCUGAGGCUCAUACGGCUUGCCGGUGGCUUCACGAUCGGUGCUUGGGCAUUCAUUCCUGCUUUCCUCACCGUCGAACUGAGCACUUGCAUGCGAAACCCCGCCGACUUCAAGAAAUCCCUGCUGAUGGCCGGAAGCCUCAACGUGCUACUCUUCGCGACCGUUGGCACUACCGUCGUUGCUCGCUGGGGUUACAAUGUCGGCGAAGUCAUCGCCAUCACCACGGGCGUUGGUGCAUUCGUGAAGGGAGACGUGAUCAACACUCUCUUCAAUGCCUUUCAACUGGGCGGCAAUUUUGUGUCGUACAUGCUGGACUCGGUUCCACUCAGUCGGUUCUGCCAGAGAAGUUGGGCUCCAGACUUCAAGGAUACAUGGACAAUGCCGGAUAUUAUCAGAUUCUUCGGAUACUCCUUGCCCACGUUCUUGUCAGCAUUAUUUCUGAGCACUUUCACCCCCAACAUCAACACGUUGCUGGAUUUCGUCACAGCUCUGACUACACCCUGGGUGACUCAGAUCUAUCCAGCGGUCCUCUACUGGAGGGUCCUCCACCGACGAGCGGCAGACAACAUAGAGUGUGGGCUGGACAACCCUGUCAAGCGCUCAGAGAAGAUCACCGUCGCUCUGGUGUUCACCGUCGGAUGGAUCAGCUUCUGUGCCUGUGCAUUGAAAGCUGUCGGAUACCUUGCGUUUGACGAACUCCGGCCGUCGUUUCAGAUCGGAUGUAACGACUGGCUUAUUUGGAAAUGGUCCCGCAAAUAA